AACCAAAUCCCUCUCCUUUUAUCUGAACUUUGUCCCCACAAAACUACCCGUACCUGUCUCUGUUACAUAGAACAGUGAGUGUGUUGAUUUGGGUUUUGUCUUUUUUUUUUUUUUGGGUUUAUUCGGUUGGUCUUAAUUGUGUUUAGGCAGUAAAACGGUUAUGUGAUCGCCUAUGGCAAUCUCAGAGAAACUGAAAGUUGAGAGCUUUAGUUCACAGAAAAGCCAUUACCUGGGUUCUUUCCAACAAAUCGUUUCUGGGUUUUCUCAUAAAUUAUAUGGUCAUUGCUUUUUGUAUACUGUUUAUGGGUCUUGGCUAAUCCAACUUGCUCUUUGUUACUGUUUCAACAUAUCUUUCAGUCCCUUAUUUGAGUAAAUUAUUUGUUUUUUUUGCUGUUUUUCUUUGCUUUCUUUUUUUUUUUUUUUAAAUUAAUUUCUCUAUCAUCAUCGAGGGAGCUGUGAGAUUUGGUGCUUUAUGGGAUGGGUCCGGUGGUGCCAGCCAUUUUUCAGCUGUUGUUGAAACUUUGUGUCAUUGGGUUUGUUUUCACUGUUCAAGGAUCUACAGGAUACAAAUUUUCCCCAUCUCCAGCAAUUUUUUCUGAGAUUUCUCCUACAGAAGGAACACCUGCUCCUAUUAGAAGUCCAUUCAGCAGCAAUGUGCCGACCUCAGUAUCUCUGCCAAAUGGAACAAAUUUACCUCCUUCACUUGCAUUACCACCAACCAUGCCUGCCCCUUUGCCACAAGAAAUUAGAGGGCUUGCACCAUCGUACUCACCUAGCAGUAGCAGUCCAAUAGCAAGGACACCGGAUAAAAUGGCUCCUCCACCAUUAAUUUUUAAAGGACAUGGGCCAUUACUGUCACCAAGUAUUCCCAUUGUAUCUCCACCAUAUAAUACUGUGCCUCCACCAGUUGCUGAAGGACAUGAAGCACCCAUGCCACCAAAUGCUUCUCAAGGAAACAAACCAAUUAGACAUACUCCUGUUUCUGUGCCAGUCACAGCACCUUCAAAGAAUUUGCCUGAUGAUUCACCAAUCAUCCAUCCAAGUUCACCUGCUACUUCCCCGAUCAUCCACCCUAGCGCACCUGAAAUUUCGCCACCUAGUACUCAUCAUGGUAAUACAUCAUUUAGUGGCGCUCCUGUACCAAAGUCAGUUGCAACAGUUGAAUCUCCACCGAGGAAAUUGGGACGAGACAAGCCAUCAGUCCAUCCAAUUACACCAGCAAUAAUGCCAUUUGUGUCACCUGCAGUUCCAGUUGUAUCACCAAUAGGACAAUUGCCGCAAAGUUCACCAGAAAUUCAACCUAUCAUGCCUGGAGAAGUGCCUUCUACAUUACCAGGUCCUGAUAUGUCUCAUGCAUCUACUCCUUCCCCAAGCAUUGACUGGAAAGGAGACGGAAUUCCUGUUGCUGCACCACCAGAUGAAACAUCCAAAGCUUUACCACCUGCGAACCAUUCCCCAGCCAAAGGUUCCUUUUCUUCUGUGGCUCCUUCUACUCACAAAGCCUUGAGACACUCCAAUGAUGAUUCUGUUCCAUCUUUUUCAUCUCCUACCUCUCCCUUAAAUAAAGAGCACCAUUCUCCUGCAUCUUCACCUUUCAUUCCAUUUCAUAGGCAGAACCAAGCAAGGACCAAAAUGAAUAGCCCUGCUCCUUCAUUAUCUCCUCCCCCUUCAGAACAGCAAGGUCCAUUUAUCUCUCCAUCGUUUCUUCCAACAAAUAGGCGAACACACUAUGCUUCUCCACCGCUUAGUCCAGGAUCUUCAGCUUCUCCAUCACAUUAUCCCUUUUCUACACCAGUUACCAGUGUCUCUCCUGCUUCUUCACCAUCUCCAACAGCGGCAUCUGGCUGGACCACAAUGCCUGUUCUUCCCCCUAAAGUUUCUCCAUCUGGGUCUUCAUCAAGGAGUCCAAAAAUGCCUCUUCCCCCCAAAGUUCAAGCAUUGCCACCUCCACCUCCUAAUGAAGAUUGCUCAGCAACCAUUUGCGUGGAGCCAUACACAAAUACUCCACCUGGAUCUCCAUGUGGAUGUGUGUUGCCUAUGCAAGUUGGACUGCAACUUGGUGUUGCAUUAUAUACCUUUUUCCCUUUGGUUUCAGAGCUUGCUCAGGAAAUUUCGGCUGGCGUUUUUAUGAGACAAAGUCAAGUUCGAAUUAUGGGAGCCAAUGCUGCUAGCCAGCAACCAGAGAAGACCAUUGUCCUCAUUGACUUGGUUCCCUUGGGAAAAAGAUUUGAUAACACAACUGCCUUUUUGACUUAUCAGAGAUUCUGGCAUAAACAAGUAGUAAUAAAAGUUUCAUUUUUUGGUGAUUAUGAAGUGUUAUAUGUGCGAUAUCCAGGUUUGCCCCCAUCUCCACCUUCUGGCAUUACUAUAAUAGAUAAUGGGCCAUAUUCUGGCAACGACAACAAUGCAAGGGCAAUAAAGCCACUUGGGGUUGAUGUACAUAAAAGGCAGCAAAAUGAUGGGCUUGGUGGUGGCAUAAUUGCUAUCAUUGCCCUCUCAGCCUCUGUAGCACUAGUUUUAUGCUCUGCUGUUGUUUGGUUCUUGCUGGUUAGGCAUAGAGGCCGCACAAGCCAACCUACACCAACUCCACAUCCUUUGCCGCCUUCAAUAGCAAAACCAUCAGGUACAACUGCAUCAAUGAUUGGAAGUGGUCUCAGUUCUGUUUCCUUGUCAUUUGCAUCUAGUGCUGCACCUUAUACGGGAUCAGCAAAGAGCUUCAGCACAAUUGACAUAGAAAGAGCUACAAAUAACUUUGAUGAUUCAAGAAUACUCGGGGAAGGUGGCUUUGGGCGUGUUUACAGUGGUACUCUUGAAGAUGGGACCAAAGUGGCAGUGAAAGUUCUGAAAAGGGAUAAUCAUGAAGGUGGUCGCGAAUUCUUGGCAGAGAUCGAAAUGCUUAGCCGUCUUCAUCACAGAAAUCUGGUCAAGUUGAUUGGUAUAUGUAUAGAGGAGCGUGCACGCAGCUUGGUGUAUGAACUUGUACCAAAUGGCAGUGUGGAAUCUCAUUUGCAUGGGGCUGAUAAGGAAUCUGCUCCACUUGAUUGGGAUGCACGGAUCAAGAUAGCACUUGGUGCAGCUCGAGGUCUAGCUUAUCUACAUGAGGAUUCAAGUCCCCGUGUCAUACACAGGGACUUCAAGGCUAGCAACAUCUUGUUGGAACGUGAUUUCACACCAAAAGUGUCUGACUUUGGUUUGGCUCGAACAGCCUUGGAUGAGGAGGACAGACACAUAUCAACCCGUGUGAUGGGAACUUUUGGAUAUGUGGCUCCAGAGUAUGCAAUGACUGGUCAUCUUCUUGUAAAGAGUGAUGUAUAUAGCUAUGGUGUAGUCCUUCUGGAGCUCUUAACCGGAAGAAAGCCAGUUGACAUGUCACAGCCACCUGGUCAAGAGAAUCUAGUUGCAUGGGCCCGUCCGCAUUUAACAAGUAAACAAGGGCUGGAAACAAUUAUUGAUCCAUCUCUGGUACAUGAUGUCCCUUUUGACAGUGUAGCCAAGGUAGCAGCUAUUGCUUCAAUGUGUGUGCAACCGGAGGUUUCACACCGCCCUUUUAUGGGGGAGGUUGUACAGGCCUUAAAACUAGUAUGUAAUGAGUGUGAUGAGGCAAAAGAAGUAGGUUCAGGAAGUUCCAGUGUGGAUUUAUCUGUUGAUAUGGAUGCUGGAGUCGGUGCAGGCUCAGGACAUCUGCCAGAUCCUUUUGAAAACCAAAUUAUAGUACCAGAUUAUGCUUCUGAGCCAGACAUGGAGAGGGGACUAUCGAUGUCAGAUUUGUUCAGUACGUCAGCCAGGUAUGGGAGGCAGGCAUCAGAAUCAUUUAGGAGAUCCUCUAGCUCGGGUCCAUUGAGAACAGGGAGGGGCAGACAUUUAUGGCAGAGAAUGAGGAGAUUGGCAGGAGAAAGCAUGAGUGAACAAGGGUCUAUCUUCGGACGAUGGCCAGGUUCACUUUGACAUUAGAACAUAAUUUUUUGUGAAUACUGAUAUCCAAUUUUUUGAGUUUUAAAAAAUCUUAGUUUCAAGCAUGGAUUUAGUCCUCCAUGCAAACAAAGAAUGGCUUCCAGCAAAACAAGUUCAAGUAAUUAACCAGGAAUGCAGGAAUUUGAAGCAAUGACUUCUUGGAAAGUUUGCAACUGGAAUGGAUCAUGGAUGUCACUCCAAUAGACAAAAAAGACUAGCAGGAGCCCCAAACUGGGGACUAAGCAAAUCUAUUUACUAGGAAUGCAGAAAUUUGAAGCCAUGACUCCAGACAAGUGCAUGAUUCUUGAUUCCUGAUGCAUGAUGGACGUGAUAUUGAAUCGGAUGAGCUGGCUGGCUUACCGGAGAUAAUCCCAUACAAAGAGACUAGCAGGAGCCCCGAAUUGCAGAAUAAGCAAAUCUAUUUGCUAGGAAUAGAGAAAUUUGAAGCCAUGACUCUAGGCAAGUGCAUGAUUCUUGAUUCUUGAUGCAUGAUGGACAUGUUAUUGAACCGGUUGCGCUGGCUAGCUUACAGGAGAUAUAGCCCCAUACAAUGCUUUCAUUUUCUGUACUAUUGAACUUUCAGAGUUUUCUGGUAAAAAACAAUUGAGGAGUUAUAUCUUGAUGCAGCAGCAUCAAAAAUUGGGAUGCCUGCAUUUAUUUAUAUAGAAAAAGGAAUUGCCAUGUUACUGAUGUAUAAAAUUUCUUCAUCUAUCAUGAGAUGCACCUGCUUCCUGCUUUCAGAGAGCAGAGAAAAUUCAAUUUUCCAGUAUAAAAAAAUUUACACGUACACAAGUUGAUCA